CACGCAGCCUCUAUAGUUUCUUUGAAGCUGUUCCAGUGACGUAACACAGGGGCAAUGUUAACGUUGCCAAUUGCUUUAGGAGCGGAGCUACAAGUAAUUUUUCAGAGAAAAACAAACGGACUGGAGUAAAUGAACGGGUUUCUUUAAGCAGCGCCGUUUGAAGGGGCAGCAUUUUUGGAUUUGGGUAUUUUGUCAAUGGGGACUGAAAGCUAAAUCAAGUUUGAGUUCCAGAGAACGACGUGGGAAAAUUAUCUUGCAUUCAAAGGCAAACCGUGGUAAAGUCAUGGUAUAAGGAGCAAGAGUUUCGGGAAUCAUGAGUUCAGAUUUGAAAAAGCCACCAGUAGCUCCCAAACCCAAAUUUGUAGCUUCCCAGAAACUACAGCCUCCACCUGUUGCUCCGAAGCCUGAUGUAAUUCUUUCACACACUGUUCCUCCAGCAAAGAGAGUCAAGCCAGCUGUGGCUCCAAAGCCAAAGCUUCCUAAGAAUGCUGCAGGUUCUGAAUCCCAGUCCUCUCGGGUAAAGAACACAAAGGAAGAACAAGUAGAUCUCUCAGAAAAUCUGGGUAUUUGUUAUUCUAACAAUGGUCUGCAAAUUGAACUCCAGGAGAUGAAAUCUGGCUACAUUAUUCCUACAUGGUCUUGCCCUUUUGAUUGUAACCCUAACUGUACUCACUUAGAGCACUUAAACAAUCCUGAUAUAGCAGUGGACCCACUGGAAAAGCUUGAAGUAUUCCAUAAUGGUACUAGUGAUGGGCAGCUACCUCCCACUGUGCUGAGUAGCAGAGGCAGAUCAGCUACUGGACAUGAAAAGAUGACCAACAAAAAUCAGGUGGUCCUGAAAGCCAGCUUCUUGGAGCAAAAAAUAAAGGAUGUUUUGGUCCAAGCUGUGUCGUCUAAUAGUUACCCUUUUAAAUGUAAGUCUCAGGAGAAGCACAACAGCCAGAAGGACUCUCCAGAGAUGUUGGAUCCUGAUCUGAUUGGCUCUACUGCUCUACUAACAGAUAAUUCUGGAGGAAACAGUCCUGAAUGCAUAGAUAGCCUGAAUGUGUCAAAUCCCUUUAAUGAGCAAGGCCCAGUUUCUGAGUGCCAUCAAGAUUCCUUUGGGGAAGACCAAGGUACCUGUGAAUCUCAUGUGGUUUAUGCCAUUUCUAAUAAAGCACUUCCAAUUCCUAAACCCCGUAAGUUGCGGAAUCCUAAACUUUUAAGGCAGAACUGUAUUCAGGCAUCGACAGAUGAGGCACCUAGAGAAAAUUUGUCCAUUUUUAAAGAAUCUAGCCUAAACAUCAAUUAUAAUGCAAUUAAAUCUCCUAAAGUUUGCAUCCAUGAACAGAUUGUUUCUUACACAAGUGGAGAGUGUAAAGAAAUUUCAGGCAGUGUUGACACAGUGGCAGAUGAGGUUCAGUCUGCUUAUGUCAAAGAUUGUCAGGUGCAAAUUCCAGAUGAUACAUCUGGCCUGAAAUUAAACAACUUAGAAAGUGGUGCUGCUUUUGAGGAUGGCAAGACUUUGACCGAUAACAAAUCUCAUUUUAAUGAAAACACAGAUAGUUUUGUUCGUUGUAGUACUUUGUCUAUGAGCUUGCCUAAACAAGUCAAGCUGGCAUGUAACCUGCCACAGUAUAUAUCGAACAAUGUUGUCACAAAUAUGAAAAAUGAGAAUACAGAUGAUCUUCUUGGAUGGGAAGGUUCCCCUAAAAUAAUUCCCAAGAAACCUCAAAGACACAGUUUACCUCCUUCAAGCAUGAUAAAGAGAGAGAUAUCUCCAAAAUUGUCAGAGAGAAAUUACCAACUAAUAAAAGAGGAAAAGAAAUCUAAUGAAGAGGAGAAUGUGGCUGCAGAGAACAGAGUGUCCUUAGAGAGUACAUCACCAAAAGCUCCACAGGAAAAGCAGAGAUGGAAACUUCCACACCCAAUUCUGCCCUUUCUGGGUCAUCCUGAGUCUCCAAGAACUGGGAACACCCCUCGCACAGCUCGGCAUAUUACUGCUGGUAAAUUCCGAUCAAAAUCUUUUUCAUCAGCUGAUGUUGAACGAACAGAUAUUGCUAUCAAAGACUUACAGAAGACCUCUUUCAGGCAGCGAAUGGCAAAAAUUUUAGACUUCUCUAGGUUACUGACUAAAGGCAGCCAGUCACUGGACAGCUCUGUAACAACAGAAGUCAACAAGGCUAGUAGCAGGGGAAGCCCUAGUUUGCAGGCAAGUGGCAAAAAGAACAAAACAGUUAAAGCAUUUUCUGCUGAAUCGCACAGUCCUUCACUGCAGAGGCAAGAAAUAAAACUCAAAGGUCAGUGUGAAAUUCAAGCCUGCAGUUCCAGUUUAUCUGGUUCAGUAGGGGAGCCUGAAGGCUAUAGCCUUCAUCAAGAACACUCUUUGGAAUAUGAAAAUCUGCCUCAUUAUGAGGAAAUCCCUGAAUAUAUGAAUUUAGCACAUUUAAAACAGAAGAUUUGUCUGUCAGAAUCAGUGACAGAUACCUGGAAAAACUCUUCUAGCUUGGAAGACUCUGAGACAAGUGUAUAUGAGGAGCAUGAUCCUUAUGAGGCCUCCAAAAACUAUGAAUACCUAAUGCGGCGAAACAUAUAUGACAGUCCCACAGAAGACCAUAACUGCAAAGUGGACAAUCUACAUUCUGAUGAUGAAGAAAUCUCAACUAGCUCAGAUGAAGAUGAUUCCAGCUCAUCAUCCAGCAAAGGAGAGUUUGAUCUGCUGAAUGGCAAAGAGAAUGAAAUUGGAAAUAAAAAAACAAAAGUUGUUCACAUUGCCAAGGAAAUCAUGAGCUCAGAAAAAGUGUUUGUGGAUGUUUUAAAGCUUCUGCAUAUUGAUUUUCGAGAUGCUGUUGCCAAAUCUUCUAGGCUUUGUGGGAAACCAGUGAUUGAAGAUCGCAUCUUAAACCAGAUUCUUUACUACCUGCCGCAGCUCUAUGAGCUAAACCGUGAUCUGCUCCGUGAGCUAGAGGACCGAAUAGCCCAUUGGAAUGAUCAUCAGCGAAUUGCUGAUAUUUUUGUGAAGAAGGGGCCAUACCUUAAAAUGUAUUCUACAUACAUUAAGGAGUUUGACAAAAAUAUUGCACUACUGGAUGAGCAGUGUAAAAAGAACCCUAGUUUUGGCAGUGUUGUCAAGGAGUUUGAGAUGAGCCCUCGAUGUGCAAACCUGGCUCUGAAGCAUUAUCUACUAAAGCCUGUACAACGAAUUCCACAGUACCGACUACUGCUAACAGACUAUUUAAAAAACCUGGUAGAAGGAUCCUCAGAUUAUAAAGACACUCAAGCAGCACUUAGUGUUGUCAUAGAAGUGGCCAAUCAUGCCAAUGACAUCAUGAAGCAAGGGGAUAAUUUCCAAAAGUUGAUGCAGAUCCAGUAUAGUUUAAAUGGCCAUCAUGAAAUUGUUCAACCAGGAAGGGUAUUUUUAAAGGAAGGAACGCUGAUGAAACUUUCCCGUAAGGUCAUGCAGCCUCGGAUGUUCUUUUUGUUCAAUGAUGCACUGUUGUAUACAACUCCUGUUCAAUCUGGAAUGUAUAAGCUGAACAAUAUGCUUUCUUUAGCAGGAAUGAAGGUUAGCAAGCCUACACAAGAAGCAUACCAGAAUGAAAUAAAUAUUGAAAGCGUGGAGCGUUCAUUUAUUCUGUCAGCCAGUUCUGCAGCAGAACGGGAUGCGUGGUUGUGGGCCAUUACCAAGGCAAUUGAUGAUUAUGCCAAGAAGAGGAUUACAUUUAGUGCCAGCAAAAGUUUUGAAGAGGCUGAUCAAGUGAAAAUAGACUGUAACACACCUUUGGGUUCCAAAGCUCCAAUUUGGAUUCCAGACCUUAGAGCUACAAUGUGUAUGAUCUGCACUUGUGAGUUCACUUUAACAUGGAGAAGGCACCAUUGUAGAGCAUGUGGAAAGAUUGUAUGUCAAGCUUGCUCUUCAAAUAAGCAUGCACUAGAAUACCUGAAGAAUCGGCCUGCCAGGGUAUGCGACCACUGUUACAGAGAACUUCAGAAGAAAGAAAACCAUUCCUCUCCUAAAGCGGUAUCUCCCAGCAGCAAAUGCACAAGCAGUGCUUUGUCUUCUGUUCUCCAUAGCAUUCCUUCAGGACGGAAACAAAAGAAGAUCCCAGCAGCCUUAAAAGAAGUUUCUGCAAACACAGAAGAUUCCUCUAUGAGUGGCUACCUGUACAGAUGUAAGGGAAAUAAGAAGCAAUGGAAGCAUCUUUGGUUUGUUAUCAAAAACAAAGUGCUGUACACAUAUGCAGCUAGCGAGGAUGUAGCAGCUCUAGAAAGCCAGCCUUUACUAGGAUUUAACUUGAAAGAAGAGAAAAUGCCAGAAUCUAAACUACAAAUCCAGCUCUAUCAUAAAAAUACACUAUUUUAUAUCUUUAAGGCAGAUGAUACACAAACAGCACAAAGGUGGAUUGAAGCUUUCCAGGAAGCCAUGGUCCUUUAAUGGUUUGCAGUUUGCCGAAUGUUGCAAAUUCUGUUUUGUAUAUAUUUUUUUUGCUUAUAUUGCACAAGAAAUGACUAUAUUACAAGAGAGGGAAUUGCAGUAAUAGCUGUUAAAUUCAAGUGGAACACACCCCACAAGAAAUUACUUGCUUUGAGCCCACACAUUGCUAUAAUUGCAGCUUACUUUUGCAUCUUGUUGCAGGAAAAUUACAUUUUUUUACAAAAUCUCUCUACAGAAUAUUUUUACUUUUGAUAUAUGACAAUGUAGAAAACAUUUUUGAAUGAUCUUAAAAGUUUACCUUGUGCAUUACAAAACUGCUGAAAUUGUUUUAGUUCAAACAUUUAAAGGGAUGUACAGGCAAGCCUUUUUAACUCUUUUGUCAAACAUUACUUUAUACCAACUAGGAAAGAGUUCAAGGAAGCACAUUGAAAUGUCUUCAGAUUUAGUUUAUCCAUUUCCCUACACUGUAUAAAUGUUUUUUUAAAUUUGCUAUAUGGAUAUUGUACAGUAUAAGCAGUUUAUUUGCUCACUUAUUCUGUUAUUUAAUAAUGUAAAACAGGUGCUGAAUACAUUCAUACAGUUCUCUUUUAAGCACUCCAAGAAGGCUGUUUUGUGUGCAUCCCCUUCAGUUUGCUCUGAGAGACAGUGAAACAUUAGGCAGUCUCUUGUGAAGCUUGCUAUUUAGCUAUAAAUGGCAUUUUGCUUUACUGUAAGAAAUGCCAAAGAUGCUUUAGAUAUGUCUGUGAGUGUUCACAGAAUAGCUGUCAUCUUAAAUCUAACAACAAGGUAAUUUGUUGUGGGCUUCUAGUAAUACAUUUCAUUGUGCACUGAAUGAGAAACUGGAAUAUAAGCCUAUGUCCAUAGUUAUGUUUAGUGUACUGAUUUAUUUAAGAACACUUAAACAGCAGUAAAUGCUGUUGCUUUCUUUGCACAUUCUUAUCGUUUCUGUUGUGUAAAUAGUGUCUAUCUUGUUAAUUUCUGUUUCUGUAUGUUGUCUUGAUAUUAUAUUUUUGUAAUGAUCAGAUCAGAGGUCCUAAAAGGAAAACCAUGCUGCUACAUUUACAACCACAAUAUUUUAACAAGUACAUUUUAUAGAUAUGUGUUCCUUUCCAUAAACAACUUAUAUUAUACAGAGCCUUAUGAAAUACUUCAAAAAGCUUACAAAUUGUAUUUAUUUUGAGUUUAAAAGGAUUUGGAAUGUUAAAUUUUUAAUCUCUAUUUUACCAAUAGUAUUUUAUCUUUUUUUAUUUGUUGUCCCCUCAUGUUUGCAAAGCACAAUAGGUUGAUUUGCUUAAAUGUGCUUGAGCAUAAAUUUUAUAUUUAUUUAUUUUAUUGAUAUUUUUUUUAUAAAAAGAUACUCGCUUGAUGGGUUAAGAACACCCAUCCCAAACAUUUCAUUAAAAUAAAUUUCCAAAAAUGGAAAGGACAUUUUUUUUUUGUUUUGUUAAUCAUUUAAAAGGUUUGUGUUGUUGUGUUAGAGAAAUCUGUUAGGUGUCAUGUCCUACUGUACAAUAAAAACUCUUUAGAUUUAUGAUAUUUUUAUACAUAAUGCACAGUACAAAUAAUAAAACUACAGAACAUAAAGACCACUGUCAUUUUAGAAAUAAAAUGUUAAAAUUUUAUCAGUCGUUACUGAAACACGGAAUUCAUGGCAUUAUUCCAGAAUCCUUAUUGGCAAAAUAAAUUCUUGAAAUGAAACUACUGCACAUAUAAAAAUUUUCUUCUAAAAUACUGUAAUAUUAAAGUUAAUUGAAUAGUUAAAUAUGAUCAUUUGUCCUUUUUUUGCAAUAUUAAUGGUGCGUUUUGCUUAAUUACACUGUGAUUAUUUUAUUAUUAUUUUUUAAUACAUUGUAUAGAUAUUUUUUUGAUCCUCCAGCAUUUGUAUAGAUUUUGAGGAGUGGGGGCUGGAAGGUUGUGGUCACUUUGAAUUGCACUAUACUAUAGAAUUGGGAGCAUUAAGAAAGUGAACCUUUGUUUGUGGCUGGGGGCAUAACACUACCACUUUGUAAACUGAUAGAAUUGUGACUUGAUUCUAUUAAACUAUUUGUAAAGAUUUUUUAAUUUUAAAA